AUGGUUUUCAAGCUCGAGAACCAGGACCGCCGUCCGUACGUCGCCAAGAUCAAGGCAGCCAUCAUCGCUGUCUUCCACAAGUUCCCCAAGGAGCCGUCGGAUGAGCCCACCUUGAACUUGUCGCGCGGGACCCUUACCAAGUACAUCGGCGAGAUUGAAUGCCUCUUCUACGGAAGGCCUUCGCCGGUUCACGUCAUAUCCAGCCGAACCGAUGUCGCCCUCUUCCGCCCAGGCACCAUCCACCCAGGCUCCCCAUGA